CACCCCCGCGCACCUGAGUGGUGCCGGCCAAGGGAAGGACUCGCGGCUGCGGGGCUCGCGCCGCUGUCAGUGCGGCUGGGCGCGCGAGCGGCGCGGCGCGGGGCGCAAAGCGGAGAGGAGCUGAGUGGGUGGUAGCGGUGGCGACUGGCGCGCGUGUUCAGCCUCCUCAAGCUGCAGUCGGGGCCACCUUUUAACCCCUCCUUCCCUUCCGCCCGAGUGCGGUGGCACCGCCUUCGGAGUCGCGCGGCUUCCUCCAGACCUUUCGGCACCGGUAAGCCCUCUUCCCAGAGGCAGCUGCUGCUGACCUGAUAACCCAAAAGAGGAAAUAGCUGGCUAAGCUCCGCCUUGGUACUGGUGGCUACCAUGUCCUUGAAGAUCCAGACGAGCAAUGUAACCAACAAGAAUGAUCCCAAAUCCAUCAAUUCUCGAGUCUUCAUUGGAAACCUAAACACAGCUGUGGUGAAGAAAUCAGAUGUGGAGACCAUCUUUUCCAAAUAUGGCCGUGUGGCCGGCUGUUCUGUGCACAAAGGCUAUGCCUUUGUUCAGUACUCCAACGAGCGCCAUGCCCGGGCAGCUGUGGUAGGAGAGAAUGGGCGUGUGCUGGCCGGGCAGACCCUGGACAUCAACAUGGCUGGUGAGCCCAAGCCCAACAGACCCAAGGGGCUAAAGAGAGCAGCAUCUGCCAUAUACAGGCUCUUCGACUACCGAGGUCGCUUGUCACCAGUGCCAGUGCCUAGGGCAGUUCCUGUGAAACGACCCCGGGUGACAGUCCCUUUGGUCCGUCGUGUCAAAACUACCAUACCUGUCAAGCUCUUUGCCCGCUCCACAGCCAUGACCACUGGCUCCACCAAGAUCAAGUUAAAGAGCAGUGAGCUGCAGACCAUCAAGACAGAACUGGCACAGAUCAAGUCCAACAUUGAUGCUCUGUUGGGCCGCUUGGAUCAGAUCGCGGAGGAGCAAAAGGCCAACCCAGAUGGCAAGAAGAAAGGCGACAACAGCAGUGGUGCUGGUGGUGGCAAUGGCAGUGGCAGUGGCGGCAGCGGCGGUGGUGGUGGUGGUGGUGGCGGUGGCGGUGGCAGCGGCAGUGGCAGUGGCAGUAGUGGCGGCGGCGGCAGCAGCAGGCCACCACCACCCCCAGAGGACACACCUUCUGAGGCAGGCACACCCCAGGAAGAAGCCCAGAUUCGAGACGACGGUGAUGAGGAGGGGCUGCUGACACAUAGCGAGGAAGAGCUGGAGCACAGCCAGGACACAGAUGCGGAGGAUGGGGCCUUGCAGUAAGCAGCCUGACAGGAGCAAUGGCCACCAGCAGGAGAAGGGCAUCACUGUCCAAGGCCUCAAGCCAGGCACCCACCCCCUGGAUGCCAACUUGUAGCGGGUACCAGAGGAAAGCUGGCAGCAGGCACUCCUUUCCCCCAUGCAUCCCAGGCCAGUGCCACAUCUUCUGCAGGUGGAGUUAUCGGCUACCCCUUCCCCAUGACCCUCCCUGUCUGUACUGUCCAGGCCUGAGGGCAGAGCACAGAGAUCUCCCCACACUCUGCCUUCCCUCCCCAGGACAUUCCUAGGCUUAGGGUUUUUCUAUAGGUUUGGAGGGGGUUGGUAUAGGACGGAGACCUUAACAAUAAAGAGAUUGGAUCCA